AUUCAAUCUACAAUAGUCGAUUGGAUUCAUUACGGGAUUGUGGUAACAUUUGAACAACACAACCACCAUACUUCUCCGACUCUCAUUGCGCAAAUCACAGAUCACAAAAGGCUGGAGUCCAUAGAACCCUGACUGAGUCCAGUGCGACUCCAAUUGCGCCAGCCUCGAUUCUUGCAUCAUAGUAUCGAAUCGCAACAUGGCUUCCAAGAUAGUCGUCAUCGGAGGUGUCAACUGUGAGCUCCAAGACGUCUUCACCAAACUUGCGAAGCUACAUGUCAAGCAGAAUUUCUCCUUCGCCAUCAUCGUUGGAGACCUCUUCGGCGACUGCUCGACGGAGCAUGAGUUGGAGCAGAUCUCGGCCCUGCUCUCAGGUAGCAUCGCCGUACCCCUUCCAACAUACUUCUCCCUGGGCAGCCGGCCACUUCCCACGCGAGUGAUCGAGGCGAUCGAGGCCAACGAUGAAGUCUGCCCUAACCUGUACUUUCUGGGCCGCCGCGGCACCCUGAAGACCGCCGAGGGCAUCCGCAUCGUCACCCUGGGGGGCAAGCUUUCGACAGACAACCAGGCCUCCUCCGACAAUUACCAACCCAGUUACACCGAAUCCGACGCCCGUACCCUCCAUGGCGCGCACUCCGCCGACAUCCUCAUCACCAACCAAUGGCCCAAGGGAAUCCGCACGGGCUCCACGGCACCCUUCCCCGAAGAAGCCGCGACGACGGCGCCCCCGGACGAAGUCCAAUGCAUCUCCGACCUCUGCGCGACGCUCAAACCGCGCUACCACCUCACCUCGACGCCGGACUUCUUCUUCGAGCGCGAACCCUUCUUCCACCUCCCCACCUCCGAGGACGACAACCCGGACACCAAGCCACUGACCCGCUUUAUCAGCCUGGCCUCCUACCGCAAGGCUAGCAAACAGAAAUGGAUGUACGCCUUCACGCUGGACCCGAAAGCCGCCGCGCCGCUCACCGUUCCCGCCGGCGCAACCGCCUCCCCCUUCCCCGCACCCGCCCACCUCAAACGCAAGCCCCUCGACAGCCAACACGACAGCUUCCAACGCUUCGACCAGAGCCACAACCAGCAGCACGAGCACCGGCCCCGCAAACGGGCCCGCAACCACGGCGGCCUGCCACCCCCCGGCCCGGACCAAUGCUUCUUCUGCCUCUCCAACCCCAACAUCGCCACCCACCUCAUCACCUCCAUUGGCGAAGAGAGCUACCUGACCACCGCCAAGGGCCCACUCCCCACCGCCCGCACCUUCGCCCAGCAUGACCUCAACUUCCCCGGCCACAUGCUCAUCAUCCCCUUCACGCACACCCCGACCCUGCCCGCCAUCACCGACGACUCCUCCCGCCGCGCCACCUACGCCGAGAUGACCCGCUACCGCACCGCGCUGCACGCCAUGCUCCAGCGCCGCGCCGCCGGCGCCCUCGGCGCUGUCACCUGGGAGGUCAGCCGCGGGAACGGCAUCCACGUGCACUGGCAGUUCCUGCCCGUGCCGGCGGCCCUCAUCCAGCGGGGCCUCGUCGAGGCCGCCUUCAAGGUCGAGGCCGAGAACCUCAAAUACCCGCGCUUCGAAGCCCCAACCGCCACCGCGGACCCCAGCAGCGAGCCCGGCGACUUCUUCCGGGUCUGGAUCUGGAGUCCCUCUCCUGCUGACUCAGACAAACAAAACAACAACAACAACAACCCAGCAGAAAACCCAGAACCCAACGAAAAAACAACCACAACCACAACCACCGGCACCGACAAAACAAUCCUCCUCCCCCUCGGCCCGGAGUUCCGGUUCGAUCUCCAAUUCGGCCGCCGGGUCAUGGCCAAGUUGAUGGAGUUGGAGAAGCGAAUCGACUGGCGCAAGGAUGUCCAGUCGCAGGAGCAGGAGGAGGCCGAUGCGGUGGCCUUCAAGGAGGCGUUCAAGGAGUUUGAUUUCACCCUAUAGACCAAAAGCGAGGUAGGAGUCUAAGGAAUUGGGAAGUAAAAAAGCUGAAAGGACCCUUUUAUUUUGAGUCCAGGCGCAAAAUAGAAGUGUAUUUUUACGGGGGUUCACAUCCCAAUACCCAGUCAACUUAUU